AUGACAUCGAUUGGUACUGGUUACGAUUUAUCUAAUAGUGUUUUCUCUCCAGAUGGUAGAAUUUUCCAAGUCGAGUAUGCUAAUAAGGCAGUAGAGAAUGGCGCCACUUCAAUUGGUAUUAAAUGUACAGAUGGUGUUGUGUUUGCAGUAGAGAAGAUCAUCUCAUCCAAAUUAUUAGUUCCAAAGAAAAAUGUUAAGAUUCAAGUGAUUGAUAGGCAUAUUGGUUGCGUUUACUCUGGAUUAAUACCUGAUGGUAGACAUCUUGUUAAUAGGGGUCGUGAAGAAUCUGCUAACUUUAAAAAAGUGUAUGGUCAACCAAUCGGUAUCCCUGCCUUUGCAGACAGAAUUGGUCAAUAUAUUCAAGCCUAUACUCUUUAUAAUAGUGUAAGACCAUUUGGUGUUUCUGCUAUCUUUGGUGGUAUCGAUUCUGAAGGUCCUCAUUUAUAUAUGGUCGAACCUAAUGGUGCAUUCUGGGGUUACAAAGGUGCCGCCACAGGUAAGGGUAGACAAUCUGCAAAAGCAGAGUUAGAAAAACUAUUUAAUGAACAUCCAGAAGGUUUAACCACUAGACAAGCUUUGAAAGAAGCCGCUAGAAUUAUUUACGUUGCACAUGAAGAUAACAAAGAAAAAGGUUUCGAACUGGAGUUAAGUUGGUGUUCAGAGACUGAAACAAAUAGUUUACACAAGUUUGUUACAGGUGACUUACUAGAAGAGGCAAAUGAACAUGCUAAAAGGGAAAUGAAUGAAGGUGAUGACAGUGAUGACGAGGAUGUGUCUAGCGAUGAAGACAAUAACGCCGAACAAGAUCGUGAUGGCGAUAUCCAAUUGGAAUAA